AUGGUUUGGAUUAGGAGGAUUGCCAUGCCCGUGCCAGAGCUGUGUGGAAGCAUCAACGACGAGAACGUGCAGGUUGCCGAGCUGUUGGGCGCUGGGAGAUGUGAUUUGUUGGUGCCCGCUAUUCGCUGGUGGCAGGCGAAUGGCUGUGGCCAAGCUAUCCGAAACUGGAACCCACAGAUGCACUAG